UAAAGGGAGCAAAGGAGCCCGGAUAAAGAUGCUCCCAAACGUCGCGGGCUCAGCCGGCAUUAAACUUCACUGCCGUGUAAGCAUUUAGUAGCAGCAGCAGCAGACAUGGAAAUGAGCAAGUCUUUUUCCGACACGGAGCGGGCACUCCGGAGCUACGGCGCCGUGUCGCAAACCGCGUGGACGACGGACAAAGGCCAUUGUGACGUGUCCAUGGCGGAGAGCACCAUCUCUCCAGAGGAGAUUGAGAUGGAGAUGACUCGUAUCCAACGUUUGAGGGAGGUCUUAGUGCGCCGGGAGUCUGAGCUGCGCUUCAUGAUGGACGACAUCCAGCUGUGCAAAGACAUCAUGAGUUUGAAGCAGGAGCUGAGGCAGAUUGUUGCAGUGGCAGAGAAAGACAAGAGCAAGAAAGACAAGCAGCAGGAAGAAGAAAUGAUCCUGAAGAUCCAUAAACUGGUGCAAAAGAGGGAUUUCUUGGUGGAUGAUGCGGAGGUGGAAAGAUUAAGGGAGCAAGAGGAGGACAAGGAGAUGGCUGAGUUCCUCAGGCUAAAACUGAUGCCACUGGAGAAGACGCUCAAGGUUAAACAAAAUCCUCCGAAGCCCAGAAGACAAAUCCCGGAGCCACCACCCAACAAACCCUUCAUCACUAAAUCAGGCGUGGCCAUCAUAAAGGAUUGCUGCGGCGCCACUCAGUGUGCCAUCAUGUAACUGACGGACACCCUUUCAAGGCCACGCCCACAUCCCCACGUCAUCACUUCCUGUGAAUCAGAGAACCUGUCAUGCUCUGUGUUCCACUGUGAAGUGUCCAUGUUUGCAAUGCAACUCUGUCCGGGUUCCCGCUUCAAAGCCUUCACAAUAUUUGAGUUUGACAUGAAAAGGAUGUGUCGAUUCAAUAAUCCCAUUUGUCAUUUGGCUUCCGAAGAUCUAGAAUCACAAAUUGGAACAACAAGCACUAUUUUAUUCCAUGUUGGGUGUUCUCUGAUGCACAGGGACCGGAAAUGAUUGUCAUUAUGGAUGAACGUGUGGGCCAAUAACUAAAUAUUGCUACUUUUUACUAGCAGUUGGGCUAACAUGCCCCUGAAAAACACAAACACUGCUUUAAAACGGGGCCACAAACUAGUUGGAUGCUAAUGAUGAUUCCUGAGCAUAUUAAUGGAUGAGGGUGGGUUCUAUUUCUCAGGUGAUGAACAGACACUAAAGCUCAGAAAUAUGAUAAUUUAUGAUUAUGUGUAUUUGUUCCCAACCAUACAUACACGUACUUGUGGCAAACUACUGCCAGCCAUGUCAGAAGUGUGUAUCAACUGUUAUUGUUGGGGUGGUAUAGCUCGGUUGGUAGAGUGGCCGUCCGUGCCAGCAACUUAAGGGUUCCAGGUUUGAUCCCCGCUUCCCCCAUCCUAGUCACUGCUGUUGUGUCCUUGGGCAAGACACUUUACCCACCUGCUCCCAGUGCCACCCACACUGGUUUAAAUGUAACUUAGAUAUUGGGUUUCACUAUGUAAAAGCGCUUUGAGUCACUAGAGAAAAAUGCUAUAUAAAUAUAAUUCACUUCACUUAUUAGCAUAGCCCUUACU